AUGGAACUGUUGGAAGAGUUUUCAUCUCUCUUGCAGUCCCCACCAAGCCCUCAUCUCACCGAUUUCAUUCAAAUCACUAUAAGUGUUAUUGCAUUUGCGACAUGUGCCGGUGAUCCCUUUCCUGUUCAACCAUCAACAAUUUACCGAAUCCGUCGUCUCCGUCAGUCCUUGUCUACUACCCCACACUUGACUAAACUCAUCUGUCAGGAUUUGGAUACCCUCACUACCCGGUGGAGCGCCGCCCCAUGUUAA